CCGUUGCCCGCAACGUUCCGCAAAAGAGCCCCGUUUCUUUAAAAGAUCCGAUUUCUUUUAUAAUCUCACCACAACCGCAGCAACCCAUCAACGAAACUAAAAGGCUCUUCUUGAUCAUUACCCAUUUCUUGAAUCUCUGAAUUUCUCCUCUGAAUCUCAAAUUCGGCAGCAAUGGCGGCUCUGGCGGCGGGGGUUCUGCAGAAUCUUCUCGACGGGAUGAAAACAGGGGUCAAACCGACAGGCGAGCACCGGAGCUCUCUACUGCAAGUAACGGACAUCGUCCCGGUUGAUCUCGACGAGAAGAAUCUCUUGCCCAGACAUGGCUUCUUCAUCAAAGUCUCCGAUUCUUCUCACUCCAUUUACGUCACCCUCCCUUCCGACCAAGAUGACGUCGUCCUCAGCAACAAGAUGCAGCUGGGUCAGUUCAUCUACGUCGACAGGCUCGAGCCAGGUUCCCCUGUUCCCGUCGUCAAAGGUGCCAAGCCCAUCCCCGGUCGGCACCCCUUCCUCGGCACGCCGGAGCCGUUGAUGGGUCUGAGGGGAAAGGCCGAGAGAUCUGGUCAGGAGCCUGGAUCAAGGCCCAGAAGAGGGUCUUGGGGCCAAAACGGCGACAGUUCGUCACCGCUAGUUCUGAAACCCGUGCCGUUGGAUUUCGACCAAUGUACGCCGGCGAAGAAAAGGCCAGCUUCGGCGAGAUUCACGGCGUCUCCAAUGUCGAGGGGAAGAUCUGGCGGCGGUGGCGGCGGAGUGAGGAGUUCCUUCGGAGGCGGGAUUUUGACGAAAAUGGCGGAUCUGAAAGGAGACAGUCCGGCGGCGCUGAGGAAGAGUUGCGUCGUUCCGACAGCUUCGAAAUUCCCGAGGAGCAGAAGUGUCUGCGAGACGAAGAUCUCCGUUUCUUCUGUUCUAAGUCCCAUCAAAUCCUCUGAAAAGAAAAACACAACACCGCCACCCAGUUUGCGCGGCAGAAGAGCCGCCAUUGCUGCAGCUUCCACGGAAGCGAAUGGAGAAGCACAGAGACAGGAAUCUCUGCACGAUAAGCUGGAAAGGUCGGAGAAGAAUUCCACCAGUCUGCCUUCAAAUCUGCCCGGAAGAUUGAGCAUACUGAGCAAGGAAGCCAUACAACAUCGAGAGGUGGCUCAGAAGCAAGCCCUCCAGGCACUGAGAGAGGCUACCGCCACUGAAACCAUUGUCCGCCAUCUCAAGGCACUCGCCAAUCUGAGCAAGUCAGCAGAAACCGAAGCCCCUGCGUUAUGCUUCGAGCAAUUCUUGGAAUUGCACAACCAGAUAGCUCAAGCGGUGAGCGAGCUGUUGGCUACUGGAAACAAAAACUCUAAUUCUGAAAACAAUAGGCAAAGGGAAGAAGAGGGGUCGUAUUCAAUCCUACACGAGAUCACUCACAACUCAGUCGAUCAGGAGAAAAGAUCUGAACUUGCAUCAUCGAAAAGGCGGGCUGCUCUGAAGCAGCAGAGUUCAGGGAAGGUGUUGAAAUCAAACGACGAGAACAAGAACCCAGCUUCUGGUGGUGGGUUAAGUAACACGAUAAAAUUGGCAAAGGAGAUCGAGAACGAAGCUGCAAACUGGUUCAUGGAGUUCAUUGAAAAGGCUCUUGAGAAGGGAAUGAAGAAAUCUAAAGGAACUGCAGGAGCAGAUACAACGAAGGUUUCACAAGCUCUGAUUCUGAAAGUUAUCAACUGGGUGGAGGUAGAAGAGUCUGAUGGCACCAGACGUCCUAUCCAUCCAAGAGCAUUGCAAAUCGCUAGAAAGCUCAGAAUCAAAUUGAGAAAUCCUUAAAAUCUGAUAUGAGAUAGAAGCAGUUCACGUGGCUUCUGCUCCUACGACAUAGAAGUUUGGUUCUUUCCCUGUCCUAUUCAUAUAUUCCACUCCUACACACGAUUCACUGUAAAAUGUAUCAGACAAGGUUUAGUGAAAUGGCAAUUCAAAGAAUAAUGAAGUCGAGUUUUA